GUAAACACCCGUUGGUUCUUCUUAGACAUUCAAAGUAUCGACGAUAACUGUAUUAAUAUUAUGGGAUAACCAGUAUAACUGAAACCAUGAUUUUCGAAGUUGAUAUAGUGAUUAGCAUUUUUUGUUAUUUUAUACUCCGUAGUAAAAGCUGGAUUUGGGGCAUCUUGUAUCUUGGCUUGGGUGCUUGAAUGGCUUGACAGUUACUUUCUUGCAGCCAUGUUAGGUUGUGCUCUUGUUUUGCUGAUAGGGAAAAUACAAUCUGAGCCACUGUGAAAUAGUAUGUAUGGGAAUCAUAAGCAGCAUGUUUGGCAACCAUCUCAACUUCAAUCCCGGAUUUGGUGUGUUAGCAGCCAUGGUGGUGUCUGUGUCCUUUUCCUUAUUUAGCCAUUGACAAGCUCAACUGCAAUUCUUUCUACCAUCACUACACUGCAAACAUCCCAUGGUUUCUAUUGGAUUUGUAUUUGAGUAUUUGACAAUUCACUGUUUUUUCAUAUUCACGUUUUUCUUUUUAUAUUUUCCAAUUUCCUUCUGUAGCAAAUACCUUCAAACCAUGAUUAAGACUUUUCUGGAACACAAAGAAGAGUUCAUGACUUUCACUCAAUAUACAUUAUUACUACCACAACCACAACGCUAUAAAAUGGAGCCCGUGUAAACAGGGAGGAUAAUUGAGUUUAUAUGAGGUUCAGAUUUUGGAAAGUGGAACUUGAAUCAUCAAUAGAGAGAAUGGAGCCCUGCCUCCGGGGUAUUGGUGAUUACAGGACUUGAUAUUGCUGCCAGUACUUCUCCCGAUUGCUUCAAGUGCUCAUAGUUUGAGGUUUGGCAAUGCCACCAGUGAAGGGACUUUCAACGAGCUCUAUAAGCUAUCUACAGGGCAUGUUGGAAAAAACAGUCCACGACUAUGGGCUUUUAUGAUAGCCACAUAUUUGGUUUCAUUUGCUGCAUAUUACCUUCUAUGGAAAGCAUACAAACAUGUUGUGGAUUUGAGAGAAGAAGCUCUGAUGUCUUCCGAGGUUACACCCGAAGAAAUUGAUGUUUUUAGAGACACUCGUCCUGUUCUUCAGGGUCAAUCCAGAGCAGGUCGACUCUUAUUUCACCCCAUUCUACCAAGACACUUUUUACCAAUCCAUAAUGGCCAUAGACAUCAACAAGCGACAAAGAAACCGAAUGGAGAGAGACCCACAAAUAGAACUGUCUUCCAUGGCAUUCUUGAUGAACUGACUGUGAUGGAUCUGGAAAAAAAGACUGGAUGCUGAAGGAUCAGUUUAUUCCAGAAUUUGGUGUUCCAUGUUCUUUUCCCUGUUUGCCUUGUCUAGUUGUCUGUAAGUUCAACUUCAUGUUCCAAUUUCCUGAGGUAGGAAAAAAUUUCAAACUCAGAUUGAGGCUUUUCUGGAACAGAUAGAAGAGUUGAUGAGUUUAUUAUUGCUUCCAUUUCUUUGUGCUGUUCAGUUUAGCCCAUGAUAUCUUCUGUUUGGCAAAUAAGCUAAGCUUACGUUC